AUGAUUGUCAAUGAAUGGACAGCCGUCAAGCUCAUGACACAUGAUCUUUUUGAAAUGAUGAUGUUCUUGAAGACAGUUUACCUCCUUCUUUCAGUAGAAGGAAUAUCUUCUUUUGUUGUUUCUCCGCCCAUCGCCAAUACACGGUACCAUGACAAGAGCAUAAGCCUUUUCGGGUUGCUUGAUGAAAUCAACAGUGAUGAUUACAAUUUGAUGGAUACUUCAAAUGAUAGUUCUGGUGGAAUCAAUGAUGAUUUUGAGGUAUUGCUUGGGGAUCUCGUGUUCUCCACAAAUGAUCCGCGUAUUGACAUUAUGAACAACUUUGAUAGGGCCACAAAUGAUGACUUCAUCGCCUGGAUGGACAAGAAGGCUGAGAAUUCUGAUGACCCAAAUGAACGCUUGGCAAUGAAGGACUUAAACGAGAUGAUCGUCGACAUCAAGAGGAAAGUAGAGCUUUCAAAAAUGGCAGAAGAACGAGCAGCUAGAGAGGCCGAAGAGGAGCAGGAAAAAAUGAGUGUUGAAGCCGAGAAAGAAGCUGAAGCUGGGCGAAAGAUGUCAAACGCAGACAUUCUUCGUAAAGCUGCAAAAAUCAGUGAGGUCGAUGUUGGUGAAGGAGCAGAUAGUGUCGCCGAGAAAAAGAGCUUCUUUGAUCAAGAGUUGACACCAGAGAUUCGAAUGAGCUAUGAAGACUCGUUGAAAAAGUUGCUCCCACCUUACAAGGCUGGUGAGACACCUAUUUCUGUUGUCGCAGCGAAUUAUGACAAGUUCGAUGCACAAUUUGUCAAGGUGCUCACCGAGAGGUCGGCAAACGGUGACGAGGAUGCAGCUUCCCUACUUGCUGCUCUGGGAGAGGAGCAAAGCAAACGGAUUUCUGUUGCUACUGAAACUUUGAAAGGAAUUUUGGCACUUGGCGAGCGGAUGAAAAUGGAAGGCGCCGUUGUGAGGCUCGCCAGGGAAGGAAAAAUUGAUGAACCAUUCCUACUCUUGCUAGAAGCGAAUGAGUCUCAAGCUAGAGAUGCAGGAGCCAUGGGACCUGCAGAACUAAUGAAGAAGUUGAGACUUCGAGCUGCAGAGGAAAAGGACAAACUUGUGUCCAGCAAGGAAAUCCGGUUGAUAAGAAAGUUGCUCCGAGCGGAAGAUUCGAUAGAGCGCGAGAAGCUCUUAGAAGACGCAUUUACUCCAAAAGAAUUCUUACUGGUGGCAGGCACCCCUGAGAAUGCGAUGAAAGCAAUUGAUGGUGAAGUUCCAGAAGCAGAGAAGCCGAUGCCAGAUGUACCACCACCUGACUUUAUCAACGCUUGUAAAGCAGUUCUUCUCAAUUUUGGAAACCUUCAUUACGAUGGCGAACGCGGUGAUUUGGCCUCCAGGAUCAAGCAAAUUGCCUCUGAGGCCGAGGUUGUAGCGACGAGAAUUUAUGGUCAAGGUAUGACUGCUCGCGAUCAACAAGACCGCGCUUGGAAGGACCAAACAACCUCCAUUUUUGAUUUGGAGAGGAUGGAGCUUGAAGCGCAAGCCAGUGGGGAUCAUGCACCUUGGACAAAUCCUGAGCAGGGUGAAGAUAUGUUCCUUCCUGGUUUUGAUAGUCAAGGAAAGAUGCAAGUCGGAGGUGACUAA